UAUUCCAAGUUUGGGGAGUUCUUUUGCAAGCUUUGCCCUAACAAAGAUGUUGAAAAUGCUGAGAAUUCAUACAAUCAAAACUUCAAAGGUCUAUACUGCACAUGCGGGCGUCCGUAUCCUGAUCCAGAGGCUGAACAACAGGAGGAGAUGAUUCAGUGUAUCUUGUGUGAGGAUUGGUUUCAUGAAGAGCAUCUGGGUCUUGAGACUGUUAACGAGAUUCCUAGAGACAGUGAUGGAGAACCUCUGUACGAGGAUUUCAUUUGCAAAACAUGCUCAGUAGUAUGUUCUUUUCUCACACUGUAUCCUCAAGCAAUCCGAGCUUCGGAAUGCCAGGCUGGCGUUUCCACUUCUAAUACCAGUAAAGAUAAAGGUGUAAUGGAAAGCCAUCCCACUCUCUGUGCAAAUGGCAAACUCGAGAAUAGUGUAUAUUCUGGUUCUUCUGGAAACGAUGUUGUACUGAGUACUAGCCCAAAUCAUGUGGCGAUUGAGAAGGGAUCUUCAAGCAACGGAACUCUUGAGAAGAACAAUUGUUCAGAUGCAUGUGCAGAGGAAGACAGUACUGUUCACACUGCUUGUGCCUUAGGUUCUGGUUCCAUGGCAUCUCCACCUGCUACUUCAGAGAUCAAACCGUUCUUUCUGGCCAAAAGCUGGAGGGAAUCUUUGUGCAGAUGUGAAAAUUGCUUAGAAAUGUAUAAGCAGAAGCAUAUAAGCUAUCUUAUUGACAAGGAGGACUCAAUUGCUGAGUAUGAGAAAAUUGCAAAGCAGAAGAGGGAAGAGAAGCUGCAGAAACAAGAGGGUGCCGAGUUGGAUUUUAUCAAUAAACUUGGUCAUGUAGAGAAAAUGGAGAUACUUGGUGGUAUUGCAGACUUUAAGGACGAGUUUCGUUCUUUCCUGGAGUCAUUUGAUCCAUCGAAGACAAUAACAUCAUCUGACGUGCAUCAGAUCUUCGAGAAUCUGGCAAAGAAGCGCAGGCGCAACUAGUGUGCUUUGCUUAGAAAAACCGAGGCAGCACUAAGCUCUUGUUUAAGUUAUGCAGCCUUGUUGGGUUAGUUUGAGAACUGAACUACAACCUUGCGUACUGAUAGAAGGAUGGCCGACAUGGAAACAAUAUCAAUAUGUUAAGUCACAGCAGGACCUAACUCGGGUUGUAGAACCCUGUCUUAUCAUGUGUUCAACUUUGAUUUCCCUCAACACUUGUUUAUGUCAUCCUGUUCUAUUUGAGAUAUUGGUUUGUUUCAUCGAAGAUUGGUUUGUUUCUCUGUCUAACAUUUUCUUCCAUUGUCAACGUCAAAGAAGCAACAGAUUUCGCUAGGAGGUUGGACACGUAGCGAGAGAUCGGCCAAACUGCUGAUCUGUUUCGGCAUUGCUCGAGGUAGAGAGAUUUGUUCCCUUUUGACGAACAACGAACUCAACAUGUGGUUAGAGUAAAGUUGUUAAUGAUUCUAUUGGACUGGAGGACUCAAAGAUCCUGGUAUAGUGGUAUGUAUUCCAAUUAACAAUGCACGUCUUCUUAAAUUACACCUGUAAAGUAGAUUGAUUCAUAUAACCAUGCAUACUUCUUGCUUCCUAACGGACCCUUUCUUCCAAGUGCAUCUCUUGGGAGUAUGUACGACGUACUUAGAGUAUGGUUUGGUUUUCAUAUUGUUAGUUAUGUAAUUGCCUAGCAAAAGGCUUAACUACUUGCCAGAACAGAACUGGUUUACAGACCAAAAUGUGAAGACUGAAGACAUGGCCAAACUCUCCAGAUGGUCAGCUAAAACCGUCGCCUGGGUAGUCGUCUCAGUCAAAUCUCACUCUCUCCAAACUGAAAGAGACAUGCAAAGAUUAGUAUUGAAGCCCUGAAUUUCUCUCUCUCCUAGUCUCCUUAUUAGGGAUUCAACAUCAUUGAAUUAACUUUCCCCUUACCCCUUUUGGUUCCCUCCAAAACAGGAGUCCAUUUCGUUUACCAUGUCAAACCUCCACCAUAAGUUAUAAGUUAGGUUUACAUAGCAUCAUGAUGCCGCCA